CAGCGGCGCGAGCGGAGCCGGGGCUGGGCCGCAGCGCGGUGACCGGCGGGGCGCGGCCGGGAGGGGGGGGGCGGUCCCGGGGUCCCGGCGCCAUGGCCCUCAAGAUGGUCAAGGGCAGCAUCGACCGCAUGUUCGACAAGAACCUGCAGGACCUGGUGCGCGGCAUCCGCAACCACAAGGAGGACGAGGCCAAGUACAUCUCGCAGUGCAUCGAUGAGAUCAAGCAGGAGCUCAGGCAGGACAGCCUCGCCGUCAAGGCCAACGCCGUGUGCAAGCUCACCUACCUGCAGAUGCUGGGCUACGACAUCAGCUGGGCUGCCUUCAACAUCAUCGAGGUCAUGAGCGCCUCCAAGUUCACCUUCAAGCGCGUGGGCUACCUGGCCGCCUCUCAGUGCUUCCACGAGGGCACGGACGUCAUCAUGCUGACCACCAACCAGAUCCGCAAGGACCUGAGCAGCCCCAGCCAGUACGACACGGGCGUGGCGCUGACCGGCCUGUCCUGCUUCGUCACCCCUGACCUCGCCCGCGACCUGGCCAACGACAUCAUGACCCUGAUGUCGCACACGAAGCCGUACAUCCGCAAGAAGGCCGUGCUCAUCAUGUACAAGGUCUUUCUCAAGUACCCUGAGUCGCUGCGGCCCGCUUUCCCGCGCCUCAAGGAGAAGCUGGAGGACCCUGACCCCGGCGUGCAGUCAGCCGCCGUCAACGUCAUCUGCGAGCUGGCGCGCCGGAACCCCAAGAACUACCUGUCGCUGGCUCCCCUCUUCUUCAAGCUCAUGACCUCGUCCACCAACAACUGGGUGCUCAUCAAGAUCAUCAAGCUGUUCGGUGCUCUCACUCCCCUGGAGCCCAGGUUGGGCAAGAAGCUGAUCGAGCCCCUCACCAACCUCAUCCACAGCACGUCCGCCAUGUCUCUGCUGUAUGAGUGCGUCAACACUGUGAUCGCAGUGCUCAUCUCGCUGUCGUCCGGCAUGCCUAACCACAGCGCCAGCAUCCAGCUCUGCGUGCAAAAGCUGCGCAUCCUCAUCGAGGACUCGGACCAGAACCUGAAGUACCUGGGGCUGCUGGCCAUGUCCAAGAUCCUGCGCACACACCCCAAGUCGGUGCAGGCACACAAGGACCUGGUGCUGCAGUGCCUGGAUGACAAGGACGAGUCCAUCCGCCUGCGUGCGCUCGACCUGCUGUACGGCAUGGUGUCGAAGAAGAACCUGAUGGAGAUCGUGAAGCAGCUGCUGCAGCACGUGGACAAGGCCGAGGGCACCGCCUACCGCGACGAGCUGCUCACCAAGAUCAUCGCCAUCUGCAGCCAGGGCAACUACCAGCACGUCACCAACUUCCAGUGGUACAUCAGCAUCCUGGUGGAGCUCACGCGCCUGGAGGGCACGCGCCACGGCCACCUGAUCGCUGCGCAGAUGCUGGACGUUGCCAUCCGAGUCAAGGCCAUCCGUGCCUUCGCCGUGGCCCAGAUGGCCGCCCUGCUAGACAGCGCCCCACUGCUGGCCAGCGGCGCUCGGCGCAACGGCAUCUGUGAAGUGCUCUACGCGGCCGCCUGGAUCUGCGGGGAGUUCUCCGAGCACCUGCAGGAGCCCCAGCAGACCCUGGCAGCCAUGCUGCGGCCGCGGGUGAGCGCGCUGCCCGGCCACAUCCAGGCCGUGUAUGUGCAGAACGCGCUCAAGCUGUACACCGCCGUGCUGCAGCGCCAGGAGCAGGCCGCCCCAGACCCCCAGGACGCCCCCCCGGAUGCGGAUGCGGAUGCGGAUGCUGCCGACGCCCCAGGGGCCGCGCAGGAGGCCGCCCAGCUGCUGCUCGAGCGCCUGCCGCAGUUCGUGCAGAGCGCAGACCUGGAGGUCCAGGAGCGGGCGUCGUGCGUGCUUCAGCUGGUGCGCCAGGCCCAGAAGCUGCAGGCCCGCGGCGUGCCGGUGGCGGCCGAGCUCAGCGCCCUCUUCGCCGGGGAGCUCAACCCCGUGGCGCCCAAGGCCCAGAAGAAGGUCCCGGUGCCCGAGGGCCUGGACCUGGACGCCUGGAUCAACGAGCCGCCGUCGGACAGCGAGGCCGAGGAUGAGCGACCUCGGGCCAUGUUCCAGGAGGAUGAGCCGCGCCAUGCCCGGCCCAAGGCGCAGGAGGCCGACGAUGAGGAGCUGGCCCGCCGGCGGGAGGCCCGCAGGCAGGAGCAGGCCAACAAUCCCUUCUACAUCAAGAGCUGCCCUUCCCCGCAGAAGCUGUAUCAGGACGCGCCUGGGGUGGAUCACAUCCCCGUGGUCUGCAUCGACCUGUCCGUGCCCCUGCGUGUGCCAGGGCUGCCGGCGUCGGAACAGUAUGUGAAGCUGGAGGAGGAGCGGCGGCACCGGCAGCGGGCGGAGAAGGGCGGCCGGAAGCACCGGAAGAAGGACAAGGCCGGCCGGGGAGGCCGGCGGGGCGGCUCCCUGCCCGACAGCGAUGAGGACAUCGCGCCCGCCCAGCGGGUGGACAUCGUCACCGAGGAGAUGCCCGAGAACGCGCUGCCCAGCGACGAGGACGACAAGGACCCUGACGACCCCUACCGGGCGCUGGACAUCGACCUGGACAGGCCGCUGGCGGACAGUGAAAAACUGCCCGUGCAGAGACACCGCCCCGUCGCGCCUCCCAAGUCCCCCAAGAAGGAGGCGGCAGCCCCCAAGGAGAGGAAGAGCAAGAAGCCUAAGAAGGAGAAGGGCCGAGGCCGGGAUCGGGAUCGGGACCGCAAGGCCCAGGCCCUGGACUUGUGGCUGUGCAGCACCCCGCCCGCGGAGCCUGCGGAGUCCACGGCUCUUGGCACGCCCAGCCUGGACACCGAGGUUCCCACGGCCCCGCAGCAGCCCUCAGAGCCCUGCCCGGACGAGGGGGACCGGGAGCCGGAGGCCCAUAAGAAGCCACACAAACGCAAGAAACAGCGGCAGGAGAAGGAGCGCAGCGGUCGGGACAAGAAGAGCAGGAAGAAGCGGGCGGAGGACGGGCCGCCCCUGGGGACCGGGGCACUUGAGGAGGCCGAGGAGGAGCCGCUACCGCCCAUGUCCAGCUACGCUCUCCUGGCCGAGAACGACUUCGUGCGGAUGACCUAUGAGGUGCGCGGCAGCCUGCAGGGGGGCAGCCAGGUGACGGUGUCGCUGGUGCUGGAGAACCUGAGCAGCCACGUGCUCAAGAGCCUGGAGCUGGGCGUGCUGGACUCGCUCAACGCGCGGCUCGCCCGGCCGCCCGGCGCCUCUGCCCAUGACGGCGUGCCCGUGCCCUUCCAGCUGCCCCCAGGCGUCUCCAACGAGGCCCAGUUCGUGUUCAGCAUUCAGAGUGUCCUGACGGCCCAGAAGCUCAAGGGCACGCUGUCCUUCAUCGCCAAGAACGAUGAGGGCUCCACCCACGAGAAGCUGGACUUCAAGCUGGCCUUCACCUGCAGCUCCUACCUGGUCACCACACCCUGCUACAGCGACGCCUUCGCCAAGCUGCUGGAGUCGGGCGACCUGACGGGCAGCUGCGUCAAGGUGGACGGCAUCACCAUGACCUUCCGUAACGUGCUGGCCAAGAUCUGCUUCCACCACCGCUUCUCCGUGGUGGAGCGUGUGGGCUCAUGCGCCUCCAUGUACAGUCGCUCGAUACAGGGCCACCACGUGUGUCUCCUGGUGAAACAGGCCGAGCAGUCAGUGUCCGUGGACGUCAAGUGUGCAGACGCCACCCUCCUGGGCAGCCUGCUGGACGAGCUCAGGGCCACCCUGUCCGCCUGCUGAGCCCGGCCGCCGCCCCCCCCCUGGGGCCCCCACGUUCCCUCGCCACUCGUGAGCGCAUUCUGUGACCAAUAAACAGGAGACCUGGGCCG